CAGCCUACUCUGGGCCCCCAAACCUCAAUGAAGGUUCUGGUGUGGAAUUGCCAAGGUGUUGGGAGCACCUUGACAAUUCCCCAUCUGAGGGAGGUUUCCAACCUCUUCUCCCCAAGUAUGCUGUUUUUGAGCGAAACUAAAAAUAGGAGUAGAUAUAUGGACCGAGUGAGAGAGAAGUUGAAUUUCGAGAGUAGUUGUGUGGUGGAAUCUAUGAAUAGAUCUGGGGGCAUGUCUCUGAUGUGGAAAGAUGAAGUAAAUAUUAAAGAGAUAAUCAAAACGGCCUUUACUAUAGAAGCUCAUGUGGAAGACAGGGAGGCAAAGACAACAUGGUGGUUCAUUGGUAUAUACGCAAGCUGUGACAAUCUAAUCAGGAAGAGUCAGUGGAAGGUUGUGGAAGCAAGGAAAAAGCUAUGGGGAGAAAAAUGGAUAAUAGCUAGGGACUUUAAUGACAUUCUAUCAAAUGAGGAGAAGUGGGGAGGCAGAUGGAGAGAAGAGAAGAGUUUUACAGAUUUUAACAACUUUAUAAAUGAUUACCAAUUGAUUGACAUUGGUUUUGAGGGGAACCCCUGGACAUGGAGUAACAAUUGGGAGGAUGUAGGGGAAGUCAGAGAAAGACUCGACAGGGGCCUGUGUAGCAUAAACUGGUCACUUGUUUUUGAUAAAGCCAAGUGCAAACAUGUUGACACAUUUGCUUCUAACCACAGCAUGUUAAUGAUAGAUACUAAUCCGGAUACUAGGAAGAGGAAAAAAAGGUUUUACUUUGACAAAAGAUGGCUAAAGAGAGAAGGGAUCCAGGAUGUGAUUAGAAAAGCAUGGGAAAAAGAUUAUGAGGGGUCCAGAAUGUUUAGGGUCAAAUGCAAAAUCAGAAACUGUAGAGUUGAGAUAUUAAAAUGGAAGAAUAACUCCAACUGCAAUGCUAAAAAGAAGAUCCUUCAGAUCAAAAGUCAGUUGGAGAAGCUUCAGUCUAGCACUCAUUCUGGCACCAGAAAAGAGACAGUGAUUCUAAAAAAGCAGUUGAAGGAGGCCUACAAGGAGGAGGAACUGUAUUGGCACCAAAAAGCUCGACUAAACUGGAUAAAAGAGGGGGAUAAGAAUACUAAGUUCUUUCAUGCUCAAGUCAAGGGAAGGAGGAGGAGAAACAGAAUGUUGAAUCUGCAAAAGGAAUAUGGAUCUUGGACUGAGAAUAAGCACGAGUUAGGGAAAGAAGUGGCAGAUUACUACAGGCAGCUCUUUACUAGUAGUUGGAAUGGCAGCUCAGAGGAGAUCCUUAGAGGUAUUCCAUCCACCAUUACGGCUAGCAUGAAUGAUCAACUGGCUAGAGGUGUUGAUGAAGAAGAAAUCAGAACAACAAUUCUCUCUAUGUCUCCUGAUAAAGCUCCUGGGAUGGAUGACACCAACCAAGCUGAGGAGCUGAAGAGGAUCCUGGUGACAUAUGAAAAGAGCUCUGGACAGUUAAUCAAUCUGGAGAAGUCCUAUAUUUUCUUCAGCAAAAAUAUGGAUCAUGGUAAAAAGCUAGAAGUAUGCUGCAAACUGGGGAAUAUCCAUAUGGUCAACCAAGGCAAGUACCUGGGGCUACCUAUGGUGAUAACGAGGACAAAGGACCAAAUCUUUGGAUUCAUCAGAGACAACAUUCAAAAGAAUUUUGGAAGCUGGAAACAGAAAUUGCUAAGUCAAGCAGGGAAGGAGAUCUUGUUAAAAGCAGUGACUCUAGCAGUGCCAACUUAUGAUAUGUCAUGCUUUAAACUACCUCUGAAACUGUGCAAAGAGAUCAGUGCACUAAUGGCAAGCUACUGGUGGGGAGACACUAAUGGAAAGGAUAAGAUGCAUCUUUGCUCCUGGAAGAGAAUGUCCCAAACCAAGAACCAGGGAGGACUUGGGUUCAAAGACCUGGUCAAUUUUAACAGAGCCUUGCUUGGUAAGCAGAUUUGGAGAUUACUUGUAAAUCCAAACUUGCUUAUCUCCAAGGUUCUGAAAGCGAAAUACUACCCUACAAGAUCCAUCUUCAAUUGCAAGUGCCCACAGAAUGCUUCAUGGAUCUGGCAGAGCCUAAUGGGAGCUAAACAGUUGGUUGAGGAUGGCACCUGGAGGAAAGUUGGAAAUGGUUGUAGUACAGAUGUCUAGGAGGAUAAGUGGAUA